AUGGCCGACCUUCGCGACGACUCGCCCGCCCAAGCCCACGAGCCCGCCCACACCUACACCCCCAACGCCGGCUACGACUUCGAUCCCGCCGGCGGUGUUGCCCUGCCCGACACGCGCGUCACAUACCCCGACGACAACCAUGACGACGACGAGGACUACGACGAUUUAUUCGACCAUGACGACGACGAAGAGGCUGACGACGACGUUGCCGCCGACCAGCUCGCCACCGGCAACCCAAACGACUAUACCAAGUCGUACAACCGGCAGCGCCGCCUCAACGACGAGAGCGUGCCCGCGGCCGAGAAGCGCGGCACCAACGCCCAGAAGAAGGCGACGCUGAACACGCGCGUCAGCGUCGACGACCGCAUCAAGUCGCUCAGCGCCCACGCCAGCAAAAUCCGCAUCAACGACGAUGCGGCCUUUGAGCGCGGCGGCGGCGGCGGCAAGGACUCGGGCAAGGACAAGGCCGACCGCGCCACCAGCGAGCAGGUCCUCGACCCUCGCACCCGCAUGCUCCUGCUGCAGAUGAUCAACCGCGGCAUCGUCUCCGAAGUCCACGGCUGCGUCUCGACCGGCAAGGAGGCCAACGUCUACCACGCCCUGCAGAUCCCCGACGACGACGGCGCCUCGCCGCCCCAGCACCGCGCCAUCAAGAUCUACAAGACAGCCAUCCUCGUCUUCAAGGACCGCGAAAAGUACAUCUCCUCCGAGUUCCGCUUCCGCGGCGGCUACGCCAAGGGCAGCAACCGCGCCAUGGUGCGCCUGUGGGCUGAGAAGGAAAUGCGCAACCUCAAGCGCUUACACGCGGCAGGCAUCCCGUGCCCGGAGCCGCUGCACCUGCAGCAGCACGUGCUGGUGAUGGGGUUCCUGGGCGACCGCAAGGGCUGGCCGGCCCCGCGCCUGCGCGACGUCGCGCCCGACCUGGGCUGCGGCGACGACGCUGCGGCGGCCGAGCUCGCCUGGCGCGACCUCUACUUCACCCUGCUCGCUUACAUGCGCACCAUGUACCAGGUGUGCCGCCUCGUGCACGCCGAUCUCUCCGAGUACAACAUCCUGUACCACGAGCGCCAGCUCUGCAUCAUCGACGUCUCGCAGUCGGUCGAGCACGACCACCCGCACGCCCUCGAGUUCCUGCGCACCGACAUCAAGAACGCCGGCGACUUCUUCCGCCACCGCGGCGUCGCGCCCCUGCCGGACCGGACCGUGUACGCGUUUGUGUGCGCGCCCGACGCGCCCACCGACAUGCCGGGCAUGCUGGCGCGCCUGGCGCAGCUGUGGGACGAGCGCGACUCCCACGAGGGCGACGGCUCCCUCGCCGACGACGAGGUCGACAACGAGGUCUUCCGCAAACAGUACAUCCCCCAGACGCUGGACCAGGUGUACGACGUGGACCGGGACGCGGCGCUCGUGGGCGCCGGCCACGCCGACAGCCUCGUGUACCAGGCGCUGCUGGCGGGGCAGAAGAAGCAGCCUGACGCGGACGGAAAAGCAGCAGCAGGCGAGGACGGCUCCGCUUCCGACGAGGACGAAGACAGCGACAGCUCGAGCGACGCCGACGCCGACGACGAAAACGAGGACCCCGAGGCCCGCGCCGCGCGCUACGCCGCGAAAGAGGCGGCCCGCCCGCGCGGCCGCCGCUUCGAGGACAAGGACGAGAAGCGCGCGCACAAGGCUGCGGUCAAGGAGGAGAAGCGCGAGAAGCGCAAGACGAAGAUUCCGAAGCACGUCAAGAAGCGGGCGGUUGCUGUUGCGGGGGGUGGGCGGAAGAAAUAG